AUGGCGAGCACGGGGGACACUGAUGCGGGACUGCCCUUGACGGAAUUACAUUGCCAAGGAGGAAGCCAAGGAGGUAACAGAAGUGAACCUGCACGACAGAGAGCAUCAUGGAGCAGACAUCUGGACUACAUGCUAACAAUGGUUGGAUACUGUGUUGCAUUGGGAAACCUGCUGAGGUUCCCCUAUAUCUGCAACAGGAACGGCGGAGGUGCUUUUCUGAUCCCGUUCUUAUUGCUGCUUCUCAUUACCGGGUUUCCAACGUUCUUCUUAGAGGCGACCAUCUCUCAGUUCUCGGGAAAAGGUGCCAAACAAGUUUGGAGCUUUUGCCCUAUGUUCAAAGGAGUUGGUGUCGGCUCUGUAUUGGUUACAUGUGCUUACAUGCCCUAUUACAACCUCUAUCUGGCCUGGCCCAUCUACUACAUGGUGAAGUCCUGCUCCAGCGUCCUGCCCUGGACAACUUGUGGCAACAGCUGGAACACCGACCUGUGUGCGGAAGACUGGAAUACUACUUCUAGCAGUAGCAUGGCAGCCCUGGGAGGGAAUACAUCAGAUGCAAUCACUGCCGAGCUGUGGGAAAAUGUACAAUGUACUGAGUAUCUCUACUGGCUUGGAUGA